UGUGGUUCCAAGAGUCCCGAAAGGCUGAUCAACGCUGCCCGGUGGGGGGGCAAGAAACGGGUGUUUCUCUCCACCGUUCAAGGCGGGAAGCGAGUCGGGUUCUUCAGCACGUGGGAAAGCUCUCCGGGGGAGCAUGAGGCGGACUCGGGCGGAGGAAAAAGAGAAGGAGGCGAAGAAACGAAAACUUCUGAAUGAACUUGGUGAGAGCUGCCUUCCGUAUUUGACACCAAAAGAUGCUGGCUUCCAUCAACUGUGGAAGACUAAAUACUCCAAACUUAUCCUCAAGAACUCCGAGAAGAUUCCUCAAGACCUUCACGAAGAAGUCCAAGAAGCAUUUUUCACUUUACGAAAGCAUGUUUGUUUCUUCCAAGACCUUGUAAGGAUCAAAGGGAAGGAUUUUGUUACCCCUGUAUCUCGCACAUUAAUUGGGAACCCAGGGUGCACUUACAAAUAUUUGAACACAAGGUUGUUUACCGUCCCUUGGCCUACGGAAGGCUACGACAUCCACUACUCCAAUCCUGAGAUAUCCCUGGCUUGUAAAGCGUUAAGCAGGCUUAAUGACUACUUGCAGAGAGAAUCUUUGCUGAGUCUGCAAGAGCAGGAUUUGGCCGAGACAACAGGAACGCAGAAUUCACCCUUCGGGGACGGGCAUCAAGAUUAUGUUACCGAGACGGGAGCUGUUUUGCAAGAUCAAAACCCUUCUCCGAAGAGUGACUCCACCGUCCUGAAAGAGAGAACAUCUUACAACCUGACAUUAUUAAAUUAUAUGGAUCCCCAGAAAAUGCCGUCCUUGAAACUGGAGCCCUAUUUUGGCAUGGGGAGAAUGGCUGUGAGUUGGCACCACGAUGAAAAUCUAAUGGAAAGGUCAACAGUGGCGGUCUACAGUUACAGCAGCGAAGAUGAUCUGAAUAUGACUCACCAACAUUGUGUGUUGGCUGGCCGGCAGUCAAGAUUCAGCUCCACACACAGAGUGGCAGAAUGUUCAACGGGGACCCUGCUUUACAUUCUGGACAAAUGCAAGGCAGCGCUGGAGAAUUUGAACACCGAUGCUGAUUUGAAGGGCCCGUCCUUGAAAUCAAUGGAGGUUGGAGAUAUAACACGAGUGGAAAAAACUCACAGUGAGGUGGAAUUUGAAUGGCUUCGACAGUUUUGGUUCCAGGGGAAACGGUACAGAAGAUGCACCGACUGGUGGGACAAGCCAAUGGCCAAUCUGGAAGACUUUUGGAGACAAAUGGAGCUCAUGACAAGUCUAUUGCUCUGUGAAUUACGAAAAGAAGAACAGAUGGAGGAACAAAGGAAUGAAAAAAUCCGCUGCCUUCUGCCCCUCCUGGUCGAACGACAGGCUCUGCGUCAAGAAUGGCUGGCGAGGUGAGAAAGUGGUGUAGAAGGAGAGCACAGUAGGUCCAUUAUACGUUUAAGAAAAAAGACAUGA